CCCCUUCGGAUCCGCCCUCCGCGAGCGAGGCCGCCGCCGGUGUCCCGGCCCCUCCGAGGCGGCGGUCAUGUAGAGCCUGUCCCCGGUCACUGCUACUCCCCGAGCCGGCCGUGCGGGAGGGGCUGCUCGGUCCGUAACUAACGAGCGGGGCUGCGGUAGCCGGCGGGAGGGAGCGCGGUGGAGAGGCCAGCACCAGGGGCGGGGCUGGUCGCCGCUAUGCAGAUAUUGCCUCAUCUUAAAUGCUACAGGAGCUAGAAAACUACUGAUAUUAAAAUGUCAGCUCUCAGCAGUGAUUGCCCACACUUGGAAUCGGUUGGCGAAAUAACAAAGGAAGAAUUGAUACAGAAAUCUCAUGGCACUUGUCAGGAUUGCAAAGUUAGAGGACCAAACCUUUGGGCAUGCUUAGAGAAUAGAUGUUCGUAUGUUGGCUGCGGUGAAUCCCAUGUAGAUCACAGUACCAUACAUUCUCAGGAUACAAAGCAUUGUCUAACUGUCAACCUUACCACCCUGCGUGUCUGGUGUUAUACAUGUAGCAAAGAGGUGUUUUUGGAUAGAAAAUUGGGAUCUCAUUCUCCAUUACCAAAUGCCAGACUGUCUCACCAAACACAAGGAAAUAGUGUACAGGAUUUUAAAAUACCUGGUAAUCCAACACUGAAGAUUCCUCUAGUUACUGUAUUUGAUAUAGAGGUGAAAGAAGAUGAACUGAAGACAAGAGGUCUUACAGGAUUGAAAAAUAUUGGAAACACUUGUUACAUGAAUGCAGCUUUACAAGCUCUUUCCAACUGCCCACCCUUGACGCAAUUUUUUCUUGACUGCGGGGGCUUAGCACGAACAGAUAAGAAACCAGCAAUAUGUAAAAGUUAUCUCAAGCUGAUGACAGACCUUUGGCACAAAAGCAGACCUGGUUCUGUUGUUCCUACAAAUCUGUUUCAAGGAAUUAAAACACUUAAUCCAACGUUUCGAGGCUACUCCCAACAGGAUGCACAAGAAUUCCUGCGUUGUUUAAUGGAUCUGCUUCAUGAAGAGCUAAAGGAACCUGUCAUGGAAAUAGAAGAUACUCAUUCUACAAGUAUAGAAGAGAGUAUGGAAGAAGACAAGAGCCAGUCAGAUAUAGAUUUCCAGUCCUGUGAAUCUUGUGACAGCAGUGAUAAGGCAGAAAAUGAGUCUGGUUCCAGACCAUUCUCAGAGGACCAUGCAGAGGCUACUAUGUUAAUUCAAGAUGUUGAAAACCGCUUCCUCACAACUAAAGAUUGGCAGAAAGAAAAAACACCGUGUAAGAAGCUUAACCGGGCAAGUUCUAUGGAGGACUUAAAAAAAGACAAAAACAUUGCUUCAGAAACUGCUGAAUUUUUACAUAAUCCAGGAACAGUCAAAGUGCAAAUACACAGCAGAAUUUCAGACUACAUCAGUGAUGUCCACAUGACUGAUCUGUCAGGACUGCAAAGCCCUCCCUCAAACGAAGGAGUGAAUACACAUUUAUCAACCUCUCCUCCAAAAUCAGGCUCAUUAUGGUCUGGAUUGGCACCUGCACACAAAAAAGUUCCAACUGUAUCUUCUCCAAAAAAGAAGAAACACAAGAAAUACAAGAGUGUCAUAUCUGACAUAUUUGAUGGGACCAUCAUAAGCUCAGUGCAGUGCCUGACUUGUGAUAGGGUAUCUGUUACCCUGGAGACUUUUCAGGAUCUGUCAUUGCCUAUUCCAGGUAAGGAAGACCUUGCCAAACUGCAUUCUGCAAGUCAUCAGACUUCUCUAGUCAAGGCAGGGUCGUGUGGUGAAGCAUAUGCUCCCCAGGGGUGGAUAGCAUUUUUUGUGGAGUACUUUAAAAGGUUUGUUGUCUCAUGUGUUCCUAGCUGGUUUUGGGGUCCAAUAGUAACCUUACAAGAUUGUCUUGCUGCCUUUUUCGCCAGAGAUGAGCUCAAAGGUGAUAACAUGUACAGUUGUGAAAAGUGUAAAAAGUUAAGAAAUGGAGUGAAAUUCUGCAAAGUGCAAAACUUUCCUGAGAUAUUGUGCAUUCAUCUCAAAAGAUUCAGACAUGAGCUCAUGUUUUCCACAAAAAUUGGUACCCAUGUAUCCUUUCCCCUGGAAGGACUUGAUCUUCAGCCUUUCGUUGCUAAGGACAGUCCAGCUCAGAUUGUGACAUAUGAUCUCUUGUCUGUCAUCUGCCACCAUGGAACUGCCAGCAGUGGACAUUAUAUAGCUUAUUGCCGAAACAAUUUAAAUAAUCUGUGGUAUGAAUUUGAUGAUCAGAGUGUCACAGAAGUACCAGAAUCCACUGUACAGAAUGCAGAAGCUUAUGUUCUCUUUUACAGAAAGAGCAACGAAGAAGCACGAAGAGAGAGACAGAGGGUGUCAAGUCUGUUGACUGUGAUGGAAGCAAGUCUCCUGCAGUUCUAUAUUUCUCGACAGUGGCUGAAUAAAUUCAAGACUUUUGCUGAGCCAGGACCUAUUUCAAAUAAUGAUUUCCUCUGUAUACAUGGAGGUGUUCUUCCACAUAAAGCUGGUUUUAUAGAGGACUUGGUUGUAAUGCUACCUCAGAACAUAUGGGAUACCCUAUAUAGCAGGUAUGGGGGAGGACCGGCUGUUAACCACCUGUAUGUUUGUCAUACCUGCCAAAUAGAGGCUGAGAAAACUGAAAAAAGAAGGAAGACUGAAUUGGAAAUGUUUAUUCGGCUCAACAGAGCAUUCCAAGAAGAAGAAUCUCUAUCCAUUUUUUACUGCAUCAGUAUGCAGUGGUUCAGAGAAUGGGAAGGAUUUGUGAAGGGUAAAGACAAUGAUCCUCCAGGUCCUAUUGAUAAUACGAAGAUUGCAGUCACUAAAUGUAGUAAUGUUAUAUUAAAACAAGGAGCAGAUUCUGGACAGAUUUCCGAAGAAACUUGGAAUUUUCUCCAUUCAAUCUAUGGGGGUGGACCAGAGAUCAUGCUCCGACCACCUGUUGCUCCAGUAGACCUUGAUGUGCUUCAAACAGAGGACAAGAUUGAAUUAGAAACUCGUAGUCUGUAGCCAUCAGCACAAACAUGAAUUUGUAAGAAAUCCUUUCCACUUGCCUAAAACACAUUCCUGAAAGGUGUUUAGUUUUUAUUUUAUUUUAUUUUUGCCUAGAAAGGGGCAGUUCCUUGGGCAUUAUGUUAGUAACGGAAGAAUUAGUUUAAACUUAUAAUAUAGAUUGUUUAAAAAAUUUACUUUGAAACCUUUCAGACAGACUAUUCCCUUCAUGUUUUGGAAAGUGUGUGACUUAUAUAUUUUGGAACAUUUGGUUAAUUGAAAAAAAGUCAGCACAACUUUUGCUACAUGUUAAACCUAUGCUAUCCUUUGUAGAAUUAUAAAAUUGAGAUGAAGGAUUUUAAAAAUGCUUUUAAAUAUCGCUAUGAAUUGGUGAUCAGUCUUUUCUGAAAUUUACAAAAUGCAGCAUGUCUUUAAUUGUACAGUUUUGACAAGACUAGGUAUAAAAAGAGCAUAUUUUAAAUGGAUUAUGGGGACAUAGUAAACACUCAGGAAAAGUUAAGUUUCACUUUUUUUGUUUGCACUGCAAUGUAUAAAAUAAUGAACAGCAUAAAACUUUCAAAUCCUUUUCUUAUUUGAAUGUAUCAUAUAUAUAAUUAGUCUGGAUGGAAUAUUGUUUUGGUCAGCAUAUGUCAGUAACUUAUUGCCUACUAAAGUUUAAAUCAUAUAAUCAGCUUCUGUAUAUAAACCUUCCUAAUAUCUUCAAUAGUAUCAGUGAUGGAAAAAAUCUGUCUUCUUUAGGAUAUUUGUUUGAGAGCAUGAAGUGUGGAAUGUAAAUGAUUGUGGACAUGAGACUGAUGUGCACAUGAGAAAUUAAAUUGUCUAGUCUUUUUUUAAUUAAACACAUAAACAGUUCCUUCUGAAAAAAAUUAUUGUAUAAUUACGCUUUUUGGUAUGAUUUGUGAUGUCAGAAGUUGGAUAAAAUAUAUGUUGCAAGAUUACAAAAUCUUGCUGGAUAAUUUAUACUGGAAUGUGAAUGGCAUUCAAUCUUCUUCUUUCUUUUCUUUUUUUUUCUGCCUCAUACAACUACCAGCUAAUCAACAUUAUUCAAAGCUGGUUCAAAUAAAAAUGACCUUUUAAAAACUGGAAA